AUCGAUCUUUAUAUAAUUCCUCUCAGCUCCUCUUUAUCAUCAUAACAUCAUAUUUGCAGUUUUUGUUAGUACCGAGUUUCUGCAAUAAUGAAGCUUGAAUUCCUACCACUCGUUGUACUUCUCACAAUUGCCCAUGCUGCAUUUCCUCCAGAACUUUACUGGAAAUCCAUGCUUCCCAGCACUCCCAUGCCCAAAUCUAUCACAGAUCUGCUCCACCCAGCUGGAGGCAGCAGAAGCACCGUAUAUAAGAAGCAUGAUUAUGAUGACUCAGAUGCAACAUUUGUGAAGUAUGGUGGAGGAGUAUUUAUUAUCUAUGAUGAGCCUGAGACCCAACUCCAACAUAACCCCUUGGCAUCUCUCUUCUUCUUAGAACAAGACUUGAGGCCUGGUCAUGUCAAGAACUUGCUCCUCACGAAGACCUCUAACCAGGCCUCAUUCCUGCCUCGUCAAGUUGUGGAAUCCAUUCCCUUUUCUUCUACCAAGGUGGAUGAAAUAUUGAGGAAGUUUGCUGUGAAACUUGGAUCAACAAAAGCUGAGACGAUGAAGAAUACAAUUAAACUUUGUGAAGAGCCAGGGCUUAAAGGAGAGGAGAAGUAUUGUGCGACAUCGCUGGAAUCCAUGGUUGAUUUCAUCACUUCCAAGCUUGGGAGACACGUGGAAGCUUUGUCUACAGAGGUGGGGAAGGAAACAAAGAAGCAAGAAUACACAAUAAUGCAAGGAGUGAAGGUAGGAGAGGAAAAUAUAGUGGCAUGCCACAAGCUCAGUUAUGUGCAUGCUGUGUUUUACUGUCACAAAAUAGAGACAACAAGAGCCUAUACGGUGUCGUUGCAAGGAGCUGAUGGGAGUAGAGUGCACGCAAUGGCUAUAUGUCACACAGACACGUCAGAUUGGAACCCAAAGCAUUUGGCCUUUCAAGUACUAAAAGUGAAGCCAGGGAGUGUUCCUGUGUGUCACUUCCUUGCUCAAGAAACUGUUAUGUGGGUUCCCAAACAAGCCUAAGCAUCCAUUUCAGCUGUGUGAUCAGCUAGUAUUACAGUAACCUCAUCAAACUCAUCAUCUGCAAAAAUGAUCUAUGAAGAGAUUCUUCACUUCCAUUCA